UCUACCGACCCUCCAUCUCUCCAUCUCUCCAUCUCCGUGGGCCUCCUACCCAGCCAAUCCCGCCUCCCUGCUCGCUCUGUCCGGCCGCCCGGCUCGAUCGCCUGUGCCCACCAUGACGUCCGGAGAGCCCCUGCACAUGAGGACGCCCAUCCGGGACAGCAUGGCCCUGUCCAAAGUGGCCGGCACCAGCGUCUACCUCAAGAUGGACAGUGCCCAGCCCUCUGGCUCCUUCAAGAUCCGGGGCAUCGGGCACUUCUGCAAAAUGUGGGCUGAGCGAGGCUGUGAGCAUUUCGUCUGCUCCUCGGCAGGCAACGCAGGCAUGGCGGCUGCCUAUGCCGCCCGGAAGCUGGGCGUCCCUGCCACCAUCGUGGUGCCCAGCACCACGCCCGCACUCACCAUCGAGCGGCUCAAGAACGAAGGUGCCACGGUCAAGGUGGUGGGCGAGACAUUGGACGAAGCCUUCGAGCUGGCCAAGGCCCUGGCGAAGAACAACCCAGGCUGGGUCUACGUCUCCCCGUUUGAUGACCCCCUCAUCUGGGAAGGCCACACUUCCAUCGUGAAGGAGCUGAAGGAGUCCCUGGGCGCGAAGCCCGGGGCCAUCGUGCUGUCGGUGGGCGGCGGCGGGCUGCUGUGCGGAGUGGUCCAGGGGCUGCAGGAGGUGGGCUGGGGGGACGUGCCCAUCAUCGCCAUGGAGACCAUUGGCGCCCACAGCUUCCACGCCGCCACCGCUGCGGGCAAGCUCGUCUCCCUGCCCAAGAUUACCAGUGUUGCCAAGGCCCUGGGCGUGAAGACCGUGGGAGCCCAGGCCCUGAAGCUGUUCCAGGAACACCCCAUCUUCUCCGAGGUUAUCUCGGACCAGGAGGCUGUGGCUGCCAUCGAGAAGUUUGUGGAUGAGGAGAAGAUCCUGGUGGAGCCAGCCUGCGGCGCGGCCCUGGCCGCCGUCUACAGCCGCGUGGUCCAGAAGCUGCAAGGGGAGGGCAAGCUCCGGGUGCCGCUGCCGUCCGUGGUGGUCAUCGUCUGCGGGGGCAGCAACAUCAGCCUGGCCCAGCUGCGCGCCCUCAAGGAACAGCUGGGCAUGAAGAACGGGCUGCCCGAGUGAGGGCGCCCCGCCCACGUGUCCCCUCCUGACCCAGGAGGCCCUGGAGGGGCUGGAGUUUUAUCCAGGCCUUGUUGUAAAUAUCCUCGUUUGGUUGGAGCCUGCGGCCUGGGCCGGCGGGUGGGCUUCCACCGCCAGCCCACCGUGCGGACGGGCCGGUGGCCGGGGAGGCCGAGUUGGGUCCUCGUAUCUCCGUGACUGCUCUGCGCCUGUCCUUGGCCACUGCGCUAGGGUGACAACCGCCCACAAGUACGCCAGGUCCCCAGGGCUGGGUGGGUGGCAGGGACCUGCUCACAGCGGGAGGGGCCCCCUGGCUUCCCCCUGGGGAAGUGGACAGGGCCUCUGGCCCGGGGCGGACGUGCCGUCCCGGCCUUCGUCCAGGAAGCCCAACCCCCACCCUGGCUCGUUUUUCUAAGGUGCAAACUUUUUCACUGAAAAUAUGUAUUUAUGA